UCAGACCUGACCUCUCUCUGCUCUACUCUGUCAUUUUACCCACCAGAAUCCAGACACAAGUCGCCUCUAUGGCAUCGGCCAGCAGCGUCAAGUGGAGCUCACAGCUGCUGUUCCUGGAAAUCGAGCUGUGCUGAGAAAGCAGAAGUUGCCGUCCAGCUCGGUGGAUGUCUGCGCGUUGCUCGUCAGUCUUCUCUUCGCCAUGGCAGCAGCGAUGCCGGUGUGUUACCACGGCGCCAUCAGCAGGAAGGAGUGCGAAGACCUGAUGGCAAAGAAGAACAAGGAUGGAGCUUACCUGAUCCGAGACAGCGAGACCAUCCAGGGAGCCAUGUGUCUUUGUGUCUACAAACAGAGGGUGGUUUAUACCUACAGGCUGCUUCAGGCGCGCACUGGACACUUUACUCUGCUGGCGGCAGGAGGUCAGGAGGAGGUGUUCUUUAAGACUCUGGACGAUCUGAUCCGUCACUAUAAGAGGAAGAACCAGGGUUUGGCCGUUCAUCUGCGCCACUCGAUCAAACGGAAGACGGCCCUGUUGAUCAAAACCAUAACGCCGCCCGAGCCGAGUCCUCCAGCUGAAGAGGUGGAAGAAGAAGAGCACGACUACGAGAAUGCUCCGAGCUCCUCUGACUACGUUGAGGUUCUUCCUAAUCAGUCCACUCAGCUUUGAACAGAAGCAAAGACACUUGAGAGGACUGAAGGACUCGCAGACUGGAUCUGAGUCAGGAUGGAGAUUCAUGGACAUGCUGUUUCUAUACAAAGUCAAGUACAGAACUCGUCGCAUCCUUUCACUUUUUUUACCUUUCCCCCGUGUUUGCAGUGCAUCGAUGCGGAGCUGAAUUAUUCUCAGACGAACCUUUCUGCAAACAUACACGAUGCUCAUCUGAAAGCGAAUGUUUCUCCACCGCGUGGCCGAGGAACAACAUUCGUGUUCCUCUGAGGAUGAACUGUGAUAACUUUGGGGAUGCUUUUCACUUUUGGAGCCAACAUCUGGUUUAAAUUUGAGUUUGUGCAAAGCUUCGGUUUGUUACAAAUACCUGCACAACUGCUCACGUUAUGCAUCCACGCUAGCAUUGUCAACGUGCAUGUAGGUUUAUUAGAAUGAGGACAUUUAUAGCUUCUAACAUGUAAUUUCCCUCAUUCUGGUGACUUUAUAUGCGCCUUUUAUGCAAUUUGUUCCUUUUCUGCUUCAGUUUAUGGCAGAUAUGUCGUUAUUCAAGUGAAGGAGAACACACUGACAAUUCAGAAUAUUUUGGAAUAUUUCUCAGAUCUAAUUCCAGAAUAGAUGCAAUGGUUGUAUGAGCUUGUAGUUCGUAUUCUAAGAGUAGAAAAAAGCUGUUUUUUUUGUUGUUAAAUGUUAAUAUCCAUCCAUUAUCUCUACACCACUUAAUCC